AUGCCCGACAAGAUCCUAGACGACAUCUCGCAUCGUCGCUACAAUCUUCUUCGCGGGAGUUGGAUUCUCGUUUCCCCUCACCGUACCAAAAGGCCCUGGCAAGGACAGCAAGAGAGCCCCGGAGUGAUUGAUCUGCCCAGUUACGAUCCCCAGUGCUACCUGUGCCCGCGGAACAAGCGGGCGUCGGGAGACACGAACCCGGACUACCAAGACACAUUCGUCUUUGUGAACGACUACAGCGCCGUCAAGGAGGAGCAGCGAGACUACGCCUCACCAGAUGUCCAGGGGAGCCUGUCGAGUCUCCUGCUCAAGGCGGAGCCGGUCAAGGGGAAGUGCUACGUCUUGACCUUCAGUGCCCGCCACAACAUCACCUUGGCCGACAUGUCCCCUGCCGAGAUCCUGCAAAUCGUCAAGACUUGGACGGAGAUAUAUACAUCCCACAUCUCUCCCAACUCGCCUCUCGCCGCGAUCGCUAAACCGACCCACCUCCCGCCCUCCAACCGUCAUGCGCACGUCGGGACGCCGAAGGAGCAGUAUCGAUGGAUGCAGAUAUUCGAGAACAAAGGCGCAGCGAUGGGAUGCUCGAAUCCUCACCCGCACGGGCAGAUAUGGACUACUACGACUCUACCUGAAGAGCCGUCUCUCGAGCUGGAACAAUUGAGGAAAUACCACAGGGAACAGGGAGGUUCACAUAUGCUGGUCGACUACGCUCGGUUGGAAAGAGAGAAGGAUGAGCGGGUGGUUUUCCAGAACGAGACAUUCCUGGUUGUUUGCCCUUGGUGGGCAACUUGGCCGUUCGAGACAAUGAUCCUUCCCGUCAAGCACCUGCGCUCGUUGAUCGACCUAAGUGAAACAGAGCAGAUGGAUCUUGCAGAAGCAAUUGCUGAGACAACGCGGCGCUAUGACAACUUGUUUGAGACGAGUUUUCCAUACAGUAUGGGCAUUCACCAGGCUCCUCUUGAUGGCACUAAGGAGGAGAUUGAAUGUUCCAGCCUCCACCUCCAUUUCUAUCCGCCACUGUUACGUAGCGCAACCGUCCGCAAAUUCUUGGUCGGGUAUGAAAUGAUGGCCGAGCCUCAAAGAGAUAUCACGCCAGAGCAAGCUACUGCCAGGUUGCGAGCGUGUGGAGGAGAGUUGUACAGGAAACACCUCCAGGCGCAAGGGGAGAAAGUGGAAAAUCCACCCGUGGAAGAAAAGGCGCAGCCUUGA